AUGUCCGAAUCAUACGAGCGCGGUCUCGAGAUUGCGUUCGCUGAGGCCGCAGGGCAGGAGUUCGAGAAGACGGAGCAGAGGGAGCGGGACCAAGCGAUGUAUCUCAUCGCCGAGAGCAGGCUGGGUCGAUGGACGCAUGAGUGGCAGGCCAUUGGCGAGGUCGAGAAGGAUCCGACGACGCUCAAGCCAGAGCACGUGUCGACGGCCUUCAGCAGCGUCAUCCUCCCUGACCUCCUCGACGAAGCGCUGUACCUCCUCUCCUCCCUUCCCGCUCUUUCGGCCCUCGACGCCUGCGACAUCGCGCUGAACGCCUUCGUGCAACUCGUUGAAGCUCGAGUGGGUGCUGGAGCUUUCAGGGGGAGUUGGCCUGCACAUGUCCCGCCGCCGACAUUGGCGACGCUCGACCUGCCGGACAACGUGGUCAAGUACCGCUUGAUGCUGUACUGGCGCGAUGUCGUCGCCCACCAGUUCGGCAUCGCCACUCCCGCUCACGCUGCUUCCCUCGCCGCUCUCUUCCUCCGCCUCCUUCUUCCCCUCAAAGCCCCAUGUCUCUCGCCUCAGACGUCGCUCGACACUUUCGUCCGCGCCGCGAAAGAAGCCGCCGUAUCUGAAGCAGCGCGAGUACGGCUCGCCGCGGCAAACAUCGAGAAGCUGGGGGUCGCCAAGAUCCUCGAGCGAGCUGCGAGGGAGAAGAGACCUGUCCUGCGCGUCGUCGUGGCUGGGAACAAUCCGCUUCUCUUUGGCGUCUUGCGAGAGUUGGUGCACUACGUUUCGACAAUCUCUGCCCAUCCAUACGCUUCCGUCAACCCUCACAUUCAUGCCCUUACUCGCGCUCUCGAAGUCGAAUGGGCGAGUCAACCGAAUGUCCUGCACAUCACCGUCGCUGAGAGUCGACCACUCUGCUCCGGUGCCGUCCUCGCCUCCCGUCUCUGGAACGUCGCGACGACCUCUCGCGAACGAGCGACCCAACUUCGCGCCCUCGCAACCAGCUACGAGAACCCGUACCUCCACCAUCCUCUUUCUCCCGGUCCAACUGCGACGCAACUACCGAACGGGUUACUCGGUCGACUUGCGCACGAGAUGGGCGUCGAGACGGAGGAUGCGCUCGGCGAGACGGGCGAGACGUACGGUCGCCUCAAUCGGCUACUCAAGCAGGCUGAACCUCGGGUCCUCGGUCAGCCGCCGCCGGCUGGGAUCGGUGGAGCGAAGGUGAAGGUCGAAGUCGCGCCGGACAAUGCGCUUGGAGCUGUAUUGAAGGCGACAAAGGCGGAGAAGGGCGCGGGUCAAGCGGUUGUCUUGCUCGCGGCCGAGGCGAUUCUGCCGGGGAAGGCGGGCGACGUGGUCGCUGAGAUGGGCUCGUGGAUGCUGGCGGAUAUGGCGACGAAGCAGGGCGCCAAGGUCUUCGUCAUCGCCACAUCCGACACCAUCCUCCCGCCCUCCAAUCCCUCUCCACCCCUCGCAAAUCACGACCCGACAGAGCUACUCGCAGGCUGGUCGGGCACCCUCGCAGCCGAGACGAACGACCUCGAUGGCUUCGCUCGCGCUUUGGCGGACGAGGGACAGCCUGACUUAUCGGUCGUCACGGCGGCAAGCGAGGUCGUGCCGGGUGGGUUGAUAGACGGGUAUAUCACCGACAAGGGCUUCCUCAGCGCCGCAGGAUGUGCAGUGCUUGGCGCAGAGCGAGGAGACGCAGAAAAGCAGUUGUUGGACUUGUGA